GGGCCAGGGCCAGAAGAUGGCGAAAACAUUUACCAUCGAGGGCAGCGACAUUGUCCUCAAAAAAAAAACGUACAUGCACGUGUGGUUGGAUCCUUUCUCCUGCUGGUCUUACCUUCCGUACACGACGCAAGAGCAGAUGAUCGGCACUAAGGGCGAGGACGAUCCACAUGGGGCUGGAGUUACAAUGGCGGACGCCUGCACAGCAUCCAGCAUCAUCGACGAUUUAAAAACAGACUUCAGCUGGUUCGAGAAUGAGCUCGACGCAGGGAAGUCCAUCGUGGUACAGAAGGCCCAGGGGCACGACACUACGCGAGUGCUGACUCCAAAGGGCGACGCCUACAAAGGGAACUCGCACUGGACCAGGAGCCUGGACACCGAGCAGAGCGACAAUACCUACGAGAAGAACGACAGCACCGAUGAGCGCAAGACCAACAAGUGCGGCGAGGUGUCAGUUACGGUCUUUGUCCAGGAGAAGGACGAUUGGAUCAAGAUAAACCUCCCCGUGCCCGACGCCUCGAGCAGCAGCGGCGAUGGGAUGAUGGCAGGGUUCCACAACGUGAUGAUUCUCAAACGCUGCGUGGCCACGACAUUGAAGCUCGACUGUUCCAAGGAGAAGGUCACUGAGUACCGCAUCUAUCGGACAACUCCUGGCGGCCUGGCGACUGGGUCGGCCAUGAAGGCUAACAUCUUGAUCAAACCGUGGGGCAUGUACGUAUGCGCGCUGAAACCAGACAGCGAAGUCGAGCUCGAUGACGGCAGCAAAAUGCUCGGCAACGAAAUCAUCAUGAUCGAGGAUUCGGACCCGGAGGACCUCAUGGGCCGUAAUUGA